GCCCGCGGAAAUUCAAACGCGCGAGCUCAGCUGACAGAAAGGCAGACGUUUGAAAACUCCACAAACUCUGACACGGUUAUUUUACUGAGCUGUCAGAUAAAAAGAUGGAAAAUCAGAAGAGACCGAGAGAUCCACUGGAGGAAAACCCUUCAGCCUCUAGUGAACUUGAAAAUGUGUUGAAGAAAAGGCGACUGGCAGCAGGUGGAGAGGAGAACCAGGACCCUUCAAAAUCCCCUGCCAGAUCACGAUUGAGAAUGACAGAGCUAGAGAUGAAACCAGAUACGCCAGCCAUAGCCUCCGUCCACUCCAGGGUCCAGCAACUCAGCCAGAGACGAGAAGGUGGGACUGGUUUAGUACAGCGCUGCCUGUCUGACCCUGGAUCUGAUGAUUGCACCAGCAUGACAUCAGUGGUCAGUCACAUUGGUGAGGGAGAGUUUAGCUCUCGUCUGGAACGCUUCAAAGCUCCAACACCUCAGAACAGCCCUGGUCGAUCCACCCCCUGCACACGAAGUCUUUCCAGCUUUGUGCAUGGCAUGCAACAGAAGCUGAAUGCUACAGUGACACCCAGCAGUAAAGAGGCCUUUCGUAUCCGCCAGGCACGUGAGGAUGAGUUGCGUCUAUUGAAGAUUCAGCCAGUGGCAGAGAAUAUGUGGUUGAAGAGGAGUCUGUCUGACUCUUCCCUCACUGAGGAAGAACUAAAGGGAAAUGAAUUCAGCUCCUGUGAGGGUGACAGUAAGGUGUUUGAUGGAAGUCUGAACACCACACCGCCAUGUACAUCGAAUAUUCGUUUCCCUAAUGAAGAACUUUAUACCUCAGUCGCAGAACCUGGGGCGUUGAACACCUCCGCACUAAUUGAUAAGAUGUUUGAAGACGUCCUGCAGCACGCAGAAAAGGAAGAUGAAGCUGUAGAUGAAAAAGAAGAGGAAAUGGAGAAAGAUGAGAGCUGUGUAUCACAGACUGAAGAUAAAACUAAGCUGGACACAGUCGAAAAUGAAGACGAAACAGAAUUGGACACAGUUGAAAAUGAAGAAAACCCUCAAUGGCACACAGUAAAAAAUGAAGACGAAACCGAAUUGGAUGCAGCCGAAAAUGAAGACGAAACAGAACUGAACACAGACAAAAAUGAAGACAACACACGACAGGAUGCAGUCGAAAAAGAAAAAGUGGAAGCAGUCACAGUCACAUUAAAUGAGGAGCCGCUUGAUCACAGUGAGAUGUCUGAAGAGAGUGUAGAAACUCCUGAUGACAGUUCUGCAGUGAAUGAAGAGAAGGAGCUCUGUGAUGGUGAAGGAGAAAUGGAGGAGGAGCAGGAGUGUGCUCCAAUGGGUGCUGAAGAUGACUUUCUAAACCUGCCACCCAGCUAUAUCCUCUCUCCUCUCAGCAAAUCUGUGGAGGCUGUUGUCACCCCACUGAAGAUUGAAAUCACACUGUCUGAACCAUCAGAUCAACUGCCUUUACCUGAAGAAGUGACGGAUAGUCCUGCUGACAGCGUUCCACCUUUAUACAGCAUUGAUGCCUACCGCUCACAGAGGAAGGUCCACCAACUCUCUACUCAGAGCUUGACCCCUGGCGUUCAGAAGCAGGUUCAAGAGAAGAUCUGUUCAAAAAAGCCUGUCAACGUCAAGGAGAGAAUUAAGGCUUUAAACGAGGAGGCGGCCAAAUUGCAGACCAUUAUCACACAGACGCUGCAGGCUCUGAGCUGCUGCAGCGAUGAGGAACAUGGAAAGGGUUCACAACAGGAGGCAGAGGCUGAGAAACUCCUGCUUGUGUCCAGUGAAAAACGAGCAGCCUUACUGGCAGAGGUCAACAGACUGAGAGAGGGUGAACCUGGAGGACCAAAAUCCCAGAAUGCACCUCUUCAGCCCUGCAGGGGCACUGUCAGCAUCAGCAGCAUCCAGCUGCCUCUCAAGGUGGAGUUUGUUUGCUCGGCUCGCACAGGUCGUCCAAGGCACUACUUCUUCGUUCUGAUUCGUUAUGGCCCAUGUAACAUUAUGGCAACACCUUUAGCUACAGCUGCUGAUGCCCAAAAUGGAGACACUAUCACCUUCCCAACUUCCAUCACACUACAAGAUAUUCGCUCCAGUUUCGAGAUUGAUGUUGAGGUCUACAGUCUGUCCAAUACUAGUAAUACCUGUAGCCUCAAUGUUCAGCAGUUCCGCAGCUCAACUAAGUCAAGGGUGACUCCUAAGAAGAUUCUCCACAGCAUCACUAAAUCUAAUCAGAGUGUGACUUCUGCAUCUUUACCUGGUCUGACUGCCCAACGUUCUAGUAACUUCACAUUAGUGGGCUCUCACAAAAUCACCCUCAAUUCAUUGGGACAAAGCAAGUUUCCUCUGGAUAAGAUGAAAUUUGAAGGAAAAAUCAGGCGACUUCUUGGAGAUGAGUUUCAGGAAAAGGUUCCCUUCCUCUCUCCUCUAGAGGGCCACAUCUAUCUGCGGCUGCAUAGCGAGGGCCACUCCAAUGUCCAGCAUCAGGGCUUUUUGACCAUGUUUGAGGAUGUGAGUGGUUUUGGAGCCUGGCAAAGGUUCUACUUCCUUCUAGAAGGAGGUCACCUGCUGUACUGGAACUAUCCUAAUGAGAUGGGCAGCAAGCCAGCAGAUGGUAGUCUGUCUCUCUAUGGCUUCUGCAGUGUCCGGCCUGUGGAAAGAGAAUGCUGUGCACGACCACACACCUUCGAACUAGUAGAAACUAGCACCCUUCAGAAAGAAGACAGCCAGACCUUGAAGAAGUGCUGGUUCUCUGCAGACACACGAGAGGAGAGGUCUGACUGGAUGGAGAAACUUAAUCAAACAUUACUGGACUUUCUAACCUGGAACAGGAAGCCUGUCUCCAAUGAGACCCGGGCCAGCACGUCCUCCACAACCGGGACCUCUCGUGAGAGCAUCCUGUAACGCAACACAAACAUGAACUCUCAUCAUUUAACAAUAAGAAAGGAGAUCACAGAUGAUCAUAUCUGGCACUACAAAAACGUAAAGCUUCUGAGAGUGUUUUAUGUAAUAAUGCAUUGUAUUCUACAUAUGCAUGCUCGUUAUUAGAUACUAUAUUACAUACUAGAGACAUAUUUAAUAUUUCAAAUCCAUCAUUACAUCUUAAAGAUUCUGCUGAAGUUUACAACGCUGUAAGGAUGGAUGGAUUCGCCAGUUUUUUCAGAUUAGCCAUAUAGAAGCAAGGUAAGUUUAAUGCCAGUUUGAAUAAUUGUUUAUCUCCUGCCUUAUUCAGACAGUUGCUCAUAAUUGAACGCUUUAUAUUUUAAUGCAAUGACCUUUUUCGGUUUAUGAGGGUGUCCUUAAUUACACUACAUGAUAUAGUUAUGUUUACUGCCUUAUUUGGGAAGCGAUAUUUUGGUAAAGCUUUUUAUGUUUACUGCUUUUCAACUUACUCUGGGAGCAAUUUAUGCGAUCAAAGCAGUCAGAAGGAGAAUUGCUUUUAUUUGAAUGUAUAUUAUAUGAAGUAUGAAUCGUAUAGCUAAUUUUUCUGAGAGAAACUUCCCUUUUGUAAUGGGUAUGAAAAUGUUAACAAUUGUAUACUAUCUUUUGGGAGUGCCUGGCCAUGCAUUAUAACUACUGUACAUUUUAUUUUUUGGGGAGACAGUCUGGCCAGCAUAAUCAAAUCGAGUUUUCACUGUAAUCUGAUAGUUGACUGGGUUAAAAUCUGAAGUGUGCCAGCGCAGGAAUGACAAUACAAAGCUUUCAGUGUGAAUUCCUCAUGAUAAUUUACCACGUCUGCAGGGCGGGAGAGUGAGGUAUGACCUUGUGACCUCUGGGGUUUGUUUGAAACUUCAGUAGGUUGUAUUUGUUUUUCUUGAGAAUGCAAAAUGAGUUUCCACUCUAGGGACUGUGAAACUGAUGGAACGUCUUUGUCCUAUAUAUGUGUUUUUGCCAAGGGUCUCAUAUUCUAUUGCUGCGUUAAACUAUAUAUAAAUAUGUAAAAUAUCCUGGUAAAGGUACUAUAUAAUAAAUAUGGCUGUUAAAGUCUAA